UAUAGCAUCAAAGAGAAGAUACAUGGCAGUAUGGUAGCUGAAAUAAAUGAGUUUUGGAGAGGAACGUGAAGUUGAGUGAGUGAGGAAAAGGCUGUCCCAGAUCCUCCUUCUCGACUACCAAAUAAAGAAGACUUGUGCAUCUUCUUAGCACUCCAUAUGGAAAAUUCACCAAACUGUCAAGAACCAAGAUGUAAAUAUGCGGGUAACAAACAAAAAGAAACAAAUAUCUUAAAAUUUUUCAGAACUGGAAUUGUCAUCUGUGAAGCUAACAAACCGAAAAGGAUUAUCACAAUGGACUGCUCCACUAAUGAUCUUCAUGCUGUGCCAAAAGCAUUGUUAAGAUUUCCAAAUGCACUGAAAGGCUGUGAAGUUUACCUGUCUCGAAUGCCUUGCAUCAGUUGUGCAAAACUUUUGAUUCAAGCUCAAGUUUCUCAAGUGUAUUACUGGCCUAAUCUUGAAAUACAAACAACAGAAGUAAAUCUGAACAAAAUUGAAAUGGAAGCUGAACAUGUUGAUAACAUCUUUAGGGAAAGCUAUAUCACUGCAGCAGUCUACAUACCAAUAUUAGAUGUUGAAAUGGUGAAGCGAAGGAUUUUUCCACGAACAGGAUCACCUCCAGAUGAUAAGACCACCACUCGAAUUACCUCUGUAUAUGAUCAAAAACAAUCACCUAAACUUUUAGAAAUACUUAACCUGACGCACAUUAAAAAAGAUAAAUCAUUCCGAGACUCAUAUGAAGAUGAUAUUCAAAAAGCAAUAGAAUCUUUUCAGACACUGGCAGGUGGCAUUGAUACCGAAAUAAAGGAAAAUAAUUUUCAAGAGGAUAAACAUGCCAUUCAAAGACAGCUCAAGUAUACUCAUGCAUUGCAGCUCUGUAACUUACUAGCAGCCAGAAAUGACAGUCCUAAUACUGGAGUGGGGACACUGAUCUACAGGAAAGAAGACAUUGUCGCUGUUGGCUACAAUGGAUUUCCAAAAGGGACAGUGAAUAGUCUUUUUGCACAGAAGGAUGAUGGUAGUUGUGACCGGCAUGCAAUCAUAUGUGCAGAAGCUAAUGCAAUUAUUCUGAGAACUGAGGAUGAUCUGAGUGACACUGAAUUAAUCACCACAUGUGAGCCCUGUAGUGACUGUGAAAACCUAAUUAAAGCAAUGAAGAUAAAGAAAAUCAUUUGGCCUAAUCGAGAUGAAAAAAAGCAACCAGAAGGUGCAACUAACGAUCCAACUGUAGAAGAAAAUAAUCCAAGCACUGAACCGUUUCAAGUAAAAAGCAGCAUCAAAAAACAUUCUGAUGAAAAGAUUUUAUCACUCCAAGCUGAUCGAGAGAAAUGUAAUAGAACUGAUACUGAAGGAACUUCAGUCUCAGGAGGGAAGGAAGGAAAGACAAUGGAAAUACAGUCACCAGCAGAUGAGGGACAUGCUUCUGGUCAGCAGGCCAUUUUAAAUUCAUCCGAAGCAUCUGCAUCCCACAGAGAUGGCAUAGUGAAAGAAGACAGUGAAAAAACAAAUCCUUUAUUGACUGAGACUGAAUCAGAGCUAGAAACUGAAUCCUUGGACAAGCCAAAAGAGUCACAUAAUGCAGAGGGGCCAUCUGUGAAUGCUGCAGAAGAUGAACCAGCAUAAACAUCAGAACAAUCAGAAGAGUUUUAGGGACAUGGCAACCCCCCAAAAAAUCUCAGAUAGUUCAGUAUCAGGUUAUUAAUCUUGAGAUGCCAGGCACUAUAUGAUGUUAUAAACUUAAAAUAAUAAUGCAUUUUAAUUGUAUAGGUACCUCUUUCCGUAAGUUUCUAGGCAUCUUAGCAAAAAUAACUGAAAACAUAAUAUAUGACAGUUCCACACAAACCACCCUAGUAGAGCUCCAUAAUCUGGUUGGGCAUUUCCCAGGCUGUUGUGUUUGGGAUCCAGUGAGAUGGGCCCUGUGUGCUCUUUAAGUCUCCUGAACAGAGUCCAGACCUUACCCCUGUGACAGUGAAAGCCAACAGACACACAGAGAAACUUUGCACAGCAUUCUAAGGGUACAUCCACACUACCCGCCGGAUCGGCGGGUAGCGAUCGAUCUAUUGUGGA